AAGACAGAGAGCUUUUAUUCCAUAAAAAAGGGGAGAAAAAAUGAGCGAAGAAGAUGAGCAAAUGAGGGUGCUCCAACAGCUCUGCGCCAUGACCAUCCACGUCCUCCGCUCAACGCCGCUGCCGAUCUCGUUCCCCGGCUUCUCUCUGCUGUCAUCGCAGCCAUCUUCCUCUUUCUCUUCGCCGCCGCCGCCGCCGCCCCAGAUUUCUCCGGCGGCCUUCGGCUUGCUUUUCACCGGGAUCUCCGUUGCUCUGAUGCUGUUUGGAUUGGUUACUUUCAUCAUCGGAUUCGUUAUGAUGCCGCUGGUGAUAAUGUUGGUGAUGCUAUUUUAUGUCGCCGGAUUCGUGUCCGUUUUGUCGGAAAUUGGCGGAGCUAUUCUCUGGCGGCCUCCUCAUUCCAGUAGCUUUGCCCCAGUAUGGAAUUAUGCAAGCCGAGGAGUCCAUUGAAGUAAAAGGAAAAUCAGAGCUUGUUUCUGUUCACAAAUUGAAGUAGUUACCCUCUAGCUUCGGUUGGUUGAUUAAUGAGUGUCAAGGUCUAACACAUAAAUUUUGAUUAUGUAUUAUGUUGAUUAUAACUUCUCUUUCAAGAGAGGUGUAUUUCAUGCAAAAACCAGUGAAAUUUUCAAGUUUGUAACGUUAUCUAACUUAUUCCAUAUUUAUCGGUUUUACUAUGGAGCCAACAGUUGGCUCCAUAGUGG